CGGCGCGGGCUGCUCGGGGCCAGCACGGAGGCGGCGCCGGCGGAGGGCCAGGGGCUCCGCUACCUCGGACCCGGCCGGCCGCGGCACAAUUGCUGCCUUGGUACCUGUUGUUUUCUGUAAGGAAGUUCUUGAAGGUAGACUACAUUUCAAAAUGCUUCAAUUUUUCUGGAUGGAUCCUGUGAUGAAAUGUAAUAUGCAUAUAUCCCUUUAAAAAGUUCUACAUUUCCUCAGAGAAUAUUUGCAGAAAUGAAAAUGAGGAUAUUUCUGAAGAUUGUUUAAAAGUUUUCAAUAAUGUUUGUGAACUAAAAAAUAAUUUUUAAUAGAUUAAUCAUAAACACUGAUUUUUGAAAAGCAUUUGUAACGUCAGUAACAAGAGGCUUUUACAAAACUUUCUUAAAAAAAUAACUAAAAAUGUUUAUGGAAGGAAACAUUCAGUAUGCAUUUUUUGAAACUAAAAGUGAGAGACAAGAACAGAUUUAAAAGAAAACAAAUGAAGAUACAUGGUAAAUAAGGACAUUAGUUUUUGCUGCGGUAAGGACAGUGAUGUUAAAUCCUUUCUAAGUAACUGGGUGUAUUCCCAAAGACAGCUUUUUUUUUUUUUUUUUUUGAUCAAGGGACUGAUAUUUUUGGGGAAAGGAAGAACUUGUAAUCAUUGGCAUGUGUGGCUUAAAAAGGAAAAGAAGUGAGAAGCUUUUAAAUACGUCAAGAAGUGAAAGAAUUUUUUUUUACUGCUUUAAUUUUUAAGAGCAUCAUUAUAACAUUUAAAAUCAAUUGACAGCUAUUUCAAAAGAUUCAAAGAAAGGCAGAUGUCCGCAAACAAUUCCCCUCCAUCAGCACAGAAGUCUCUCUCACCUGCAACUCUCUCUGCAGUGCUUGCUACCCCUUCUCCAUGUUCAAGUCCUAAGACAGGACUCUCUUCCCGACUUUCCAAUGGAAGCUUCAGCACACCAUCACUUACCAAUUCCAGGGGAUCAGUACAUGCAAUAUCGUUUCUGUUACAAAUUGGUCUUACGAGGGAGAAUGUUACCAUUGAGGCCCAAGAAUUGUCUUUAUCUGCUGUAAAGGAUCUAGUCUGCUCAAUAGUUUAUCAAAAGUUCCCAGAAUGUGGUUUCUUUGGCAUGUAUGACAAAAUUCUUCUCUUUCGCCAUGACCUGAAUUCAGAAAAUAUUUUGCAGCUGAUUACGUCAGCAGAAGAGAUACACGAAGGAGAUCUUGUAGAAGUUGUUCUGUCAGCUUUAGCUACAGUAGAAGAUUUCCAGAUCCGUCCGCAUGCACUCUAUGUGCAUUCUUACAAAGCACCUACCUUUUGUGACUAUUGUGGUGAGAUGCUUUGGGGACUGGUGCGCCAGGGAUUAAAGUGUGAAGGCUGUGGAUUGAACUACCAUAAACGAUGUGCCUUCAAGAUUCCAAAUAAUUGUAGUGGAGUAAGAAAGAGACGUUUGUCCAAUGUAUCUCUGCCAGGACCUGGCCUCUCUGUUCCAAGGCCUGUACAAACAGAAUGUGCAGUGUCUUCUAAUGAAGAGGCACAUGUUCACCAAGAACCAAGUAAGAGAAUUCCCUCCUGGAGUGGACGCCCAAUCUGGAUGGAGAAGAUGGUCAUGUGCAGGGUGAGAGUUCCACACACGUUUGCUGUGCAUUCUUACACUCGCCCCACAAUAUGCCAAUACUGCAAGCGACUCCUCAAAGGCCUUUUUCGCCAGGGAAUGCAGUGUAAAGAUUGCAAAUUUAACUGUCAUAAGCGCUGUGCAUCAAAAGUACCUAGGGACUGUCUUGGGGAGGUGACUUUCAAUGGAGAACCUUCCAGUCUGGGAACAGAUAUGGAUAUGCCAAUGGAUAUUGACAGUAGCGACCUAAACAGUGAUGGUGGCCGGGGUUUGGAUGAUCCAGAAGAACCAUCUCCACCAGAAGACAAAAUGUUCUUCCUAGAUCCCUCUGAUCUUGACGUAGAAAGAGAUGAAGAAGCUGUCAAAACUAUCAGUCCAUCAACAAGCAAUAAUAUUCCACUAAUGAGAGUUGUGCAGUCAAUCAAGCACACAAAGAGGAAAAGCAGUACGAUGGUGAAAGAAGGAUGGAUGGUACACUAUACCAGCAGAGACAAUUUGAGAAAGAGACAUUACUGGAGGCUUGACAGCAAAUUCCUUACGUUAUUUCAAAAUGAAUCUGGAUCAAAGUAUUAUAAGGAAAUUCCACUUUCAGAAAUUCUCCGUGUGUCUCCGCCGCAAGAUCUUUCUCACAUUUCUCAUGGCAGUAACCCACACUGUUUUGAGAUCAUCACUGACACGAUGGUCUACUUUGUGGGUGAAAAUAAUGGCGGCAGCUGUCACAGCCCAAUGCUGGCUGCCACGGGAGUGGGACUUGACGUAGCCCAGAGCUGGGAAAAGGCCAUUCGUCAAGCUCUCAUGCCAGUAACCCCUCAAGCUAGCAUUUGUACUUCUCCAGGACAAGGGAAAGAUCACAAUGAGUUGUCUAUUAGUAUCUCUGUAUCUAACUCCCAGGUUCAGGAGAAUGUGGAUAUCAGUUCUGUAUACCAGAUCUUUGCUGAUGAGGUCCUAGGUUCAGGACAGUUUGGUAUUGUGUAUGGAGGAAAACAUAGAAAGACUGGAAGGGAUGUGGCUAUUAAAGUGAUUGAUAAGAUGAGAUUCCCCACAAAACAAGAAAGUCAGCUUCGUAAUGAAGUGGCCAUUCUGCAGAAUUUGCACCAUCCUGGGAUUGUAAAUCUGGAAUGUAUGUUUGAAACUCCAGAACGAGUCUUUGUAGUAAUGGAAAAGCUACAUGGAGAUAUGCUAGAAAUGAUUCUUUCUAGUGAAAAAAGCCGGCUUCCUGAGCGAAUUACUAAGUUUAUGGUCACACAGAUCCUUGUUGCUUUGAGAAACUUACAUUUUAAGAAUAUUGUGCACUGUGAUUUAAAACCAGAGAAUGUGCUGCUAGCCUCAGCAGAGCCAUUCCCUCAGGUGAAGCUGUGUGACUUUGGUUUUGCACGCAUCAUAGGUGAAAAGUCUUUCAGGAGAUCUGUGGUGGGAACCCCAGCCUAUCUAGCACCUGAAGUUCUCAGGAGCAAAGGUUAUAAUCGUUCCCUAGACAUGUGGUCAGUGGGAGUUAUUGUUUAUGUGAGCCUUAGUGGCACAUUUCCUUUUAAUGAAGAUGAAGACAUAAAUGACCAAAUUCAAAAUGCUGCAUUUAUGUACCCACCAAAUCCAUGGAAAGAAAUUUCUGGUGAAGCAAUUGAUUUAAUAAACAACUUGCUUCAGGUGAAGAUGAGGAAACGUUAUAGUGUUGAUAAAUCUCUAAGUCAUCCCUGGUUACAGGAUUAUCAAACUUGGCUUGACCUUAGAGAAUUUGAAACACGAAUUGGAGAGCGUUAUAUCACACAUGAAAGUGAUGAUGCACGCUGGGAAGUACAUGCAGAUGAGCACAAUCUUGUGUACCCAAAGCACUUCAUUAUGGCUCCUAAUCCUGAUGAUAUGGAAGAAGAUCCUUAAGUUAACUGCUCAUUUAAAUAUGGAAGAUUUCCAUUUAUGAAUCCAUCUGUAUAAAUGUACUACUCUCAGACUAUUGUCUAUAUGAGAUAUGAGGAAAUAUGAUAUCAGUGACACAUAGUUUGUAAGAUGUAGGUAUAGGAGAGGAGAAUUAAAACAGAAUGAAUUCUUGUGAGCUUUCUAGAAGUGUGUAUCAAUGCAGUCAUAAUUUUUGUAUUUUUCUAUACCUUCACUUAUUGUUGUUUUCUAGUGUUUAAUAUAUUCUCCCUUUCGGAUUUUUACACAUGGAAAAUGAAGCUAAUAACAAAUUGUUUGUGUUUGCCUGCUCAAGUUACACACAAAUUGCAAAAUUUGGAUCUAGUUUAAAACUCUGGUUAUGGGCUUGCAUUCAAGAAAUCAUUGGGAAACAAUGAUCAUAUUGACUUGCUAUUGACUCUCAACGUUUAUUUGAAUGAUCCUUGUAGGAAUUGAAGCUUUUCCCCUGUAUGUAUAAAAAAAAGGGGUAACAAUUCACUUUUCUUUAGAAAGUGAAUCAAAUGUUUAAAUCAGUGAUUCCCAACCUUUCUGGAGUUGUGACACUGUAUAUACUACAUGGCAAAUAAUUUUAAAUUAGAUUAAUAUUGCUUUUAAAAUUUAUAACACAUUUUUGAGAAAAUGGAAUCUACAUGAUUGUUACAAAACUUAGAUUACAAAGCAUUAAUCUAAAUGUCAGGUUAGCAGUGUACUCUUAUAGCCUGGCUCUAGCUGCUAAAAUAUUCCCACUCUUAUUAACAUUUUAGUAUCCUAGUUGGGAGUCUGACUUUCAUUUAGCACAGAUCUAUUUAUCAGAUUACUGCCACACAGCUUUGACUAAAUUAAGAGGGACAAGUUUGUUAAAUAUUCACUAAGGUUAUUAAUAGGUAAAAGUUUUAAGUAACCCUCUAGUCUUUAUCAGGUGUAGACAACCAAACCAAUCUUCCUUUCCUUUGUGUUCCUGUGGAGGGUCUUAAAGCUCUUAUGGACUUUUUAAAUGAAAUACAUCUUUAAAUGACUGAAACAACAAAUGCUUUCUAUUACUUGUAAACUCAUCUUUUUUGUCUCUGUAAUACUUCCUUAUCCCAGGUAGCCCAACUGACCCUGGGAGUAGCAGGAAUGUGCAGAGCUAGCUCUGACUUGAUUGUUAUAUUUUCAGUGUGAGCAUUUAUAUCUUGGAAAUUGAAAAAUGCUGCAAAUUAGGGCUUGGCCUGACUUACUAUUUUGUUGAUUGUGACUUAAGAAAGUGUUGGAAAAAAUGUUAAUAAUGCAAUUAAAUUUAAAAGUGUGCCAUGGAUACAGUCCUACCCCUACCAAGAGUUGGUUGUUAUAAAUUUACCAGCAUACCACUUGUGAUAUUUUUUUUCUUUUUUUCCCCCAUUUUAAUUGUAUUAACUAAUACACAUGAAAUAGCUUAUUAGGAGGUUCUCAACAUAAUCUGCCAGUCACUACUAUUGUAGAGCCGUCACCAGAUUUCCUAGCAGUUUUGAACUACUUAAUUGUAAUUGAAGUUAAUUAAUAAAUCCAUGCAGCUUAUGCUCGUGAAUUUUUGAUCAUAGUUUCUUAGAGGAUGAAGACACCUCAGAGGGACCCUAGUAUAUACCCUUUUUAUUGCACAGAUGAGGAAGAUAGAUGCAGAGAGGAUAGUGACCUGUCUUCAUUCAUGAGCUCGAGCUUGUCCUCUGUUCUCUGAAUGCAAAGCCAGCGCAUGUUUCAUCUGUUAAAUCUUGCCUCUCCUUUUGGUUCCCACUGAUAACUAUUAACACUCCUAACUUAAUGGCAAGGCUCUAUAGGCAAAAGAAGGAACCCCUCACUUCUCAUUUCAAGCUUGGCCCCCUCUUCUCCAGCAGGCUGACAAGAAUAAGAGCAACUGUUUUUCUGCUGAAAUAUACACUUGCUCUUUAUUCAUGUGGCUUCAAGCCUUUUAAAGAUAAAAGAGUUGCUAUCUGUAGCAUGCUCAAGUAAUUAAGAAAAAAAAAUCACACCAAUCUACAAGAAAUCUAACCAUUCUCUUUAUUUUAUGUUAUCUAAUGUUCCACAAUAGCUAUAGUGAAGAUUUCUUUUGAAAGCUGAACUAUAAACUCUUGGGACAUGUUCAGCUGCAUUUAAGGGGACAGAGUUUUCUGUACAUUCACAAAAUUAUAUAACUGGAAGUCUCAGAAACCACUGCUCUAUUCUGCCCUUACUCUGGGCUGGACUGCCCUGAACCUGGCCUUGACAGAUUUCUGAUCAAUUCUGAAACAUCUCUGGGUGACCUCUCUCGAUAAUUCUUACACAUUAUCCAUAUUAAUUUAGAGACCAAGAAAAAAGGGCAUUUAAAAAAAAUACAUAAAACUUUUGCUCAAGCUAAUUAGUUAUAUUUCCUUAAAUUUCUUCAAAAUUAGCCUGUUUGUUUGUCUGUUUGUUUGUUUUUAAUAAAAAUUAAGGAUAAAUGAGCCAGAUUAUAAUAGCAGACAUGUGGAAUGAAGCAGUUCUGGAUCACCAGAUCAUAUUUGUUUCAUAUAAAUGCAAUGAAGAUUGGGAUCAGUGGUAAAGAACCACAUAAUAAUGUAAAAAAAAAAAAAAAAAACUGGAAUGUUAUCAUUUUGCUAAAAUGCUGUAUUCAAACAUUGUAAGCCAUGAAACUAAUUGCACUCUUUUUUUUUUGUAUAAGUUUUAAGAAAUCAGUUUGUUAAGUCACUGUCAGAUAAUGUGGAGUUGGCUAAAUUACUCCAAAUGCUGUAUAACCCACAUAAAUAACCAUUUUAUCUUGAUUUCAUGUUGUAUUUGUAUGAGAAAUUAGUGUUUGCUAAGAAAUAUUUGCUUUUGUAAAAUCAGUCCGUUUUUUAUAUUUUUGUUACACCCUAUUGUUUGUAAAUAUCUUCUUAAUACCUUGAAAAUAAACUGUAUUUCCCUAUUG